GUGAUAUCGGACAAUGCAUUUUGUGUGUCGUUCUCAUUCGUCGUAGGGUACGUACUUUGUAAAAUCGGCCCAUGUGUGUUUUGCAUGUCCAGCUCAGCUGUGUGACGGCAUUGCAAUAUUACAUGUACUAUUACUAUUAGGGUUUUUUGUUAGGUGACUCGGCAUAUCCGCGUAGUUCAGCCAUUAACGUGAAUCACCAGUAGCGAAACUAGAGGUUAGACAAAGUUAGCUGACACAAUUUCUACAACGUGUACAACAAACGGUCACAAGAAAAGAGGUUGGAGUUGAAGUAAAAAGACCAGUCGAAAGAACAACACAAUCACUGCACAAAUCAUGGCAGAAGGAGGAAAUGAUGAUAUCGCAACAGCUAUUCUGCGCACCAAGGCUAAACCCAACAGGCUUAUUGUUGAAGAUGCUGUCAAUGAUGAUAACUCAGUCGUGUCGCUGUCACAGGCCAAGAUGGACGAGCUACAGCUCUUCAGGGGUGACACUGUCCUCUUGAAGGGCAAGAAACGUCGCGACACUGUCUGCAUUGUCCUCUCAGACGACCAGUUGGCUGAUGACAAGAUACGCAUCAACCGCGUCAUCAGAAACAACCUGCGGGUUCGUCUGGGAGAUAUCGUCAGUGUUCAGGCAUGCCCCGAUGUGAAGUAUGGCAAGCGAAUUCACGUCUUGCCGUUGGACGACACUGUGGAAGGAUUGUCGGGCAAUCUGUUUGAGGUCUACCUGAAGCCCUACUUCACUGAGGCCUACCGUCCCGUCCGUAAGGGAGAUAUCUUCUUGGUCCGUGGUGGUCUGCGUGGUGUGGAGUUCAAGGUCGUGGAGACAGACCCUGGUCCAUACUGCAUUGUUGCUCCGGAUACCAUGGUCCAUUGCGAAGGAGAGCCAAUCAAGAGAGAGGAAGAAGAGGAGGCUUUGAAUGAAGUUGGCUACGAUGACAUCGGUGGAGUCCGCAAGCAACUGGCACAAAUCAAAGAGAUGGUGGAACUACCACUGCGACACCCGGGAUUGUUCAAGGCCAUUGGUGUCAAGCCCCCCAGAGGCAUUCUUCUCUAUGGCCCGCCCGGCGUGGGCAAGACACUCAUCGCCCGGGCCGUUGCCAACGAGACCGGCGCAUUCUUCUUCCUUAUCAACGGGCCAGAGAUCAUGAGCAAGCUGGCCGGAGACUCCGAGUCCAACCUGCGCAAGGCUUUUGAAGAAGCCGAGAAGAACGCGCCAGCUAUCAUCUUCAUUGAUGAGCUGGACUCCAUUGCUCCUAAAAGAGAGAAGACACACGGUGAAGUGGAACGACGUAUCGUGUCCCAGCUUCUCACCCUCAUGGAUGGAUUGAAGCAGCGUGCACAUGUUGUCGUCAUGGCAGCCACCAACAGACCAAACAGCAUUGACACUGCCCUGAGACGAUUCGGUCGUUUUGAUCGUGAGAUUGACAUUGGCAUACCGGAUGCCACGGGACGUCUGGAGAUCCUGCGUAUCCACACCAAGAACAUGAAACUGGCCGAUGAUGUGGACUUGGAACAGAUUGCCAACGAGACCCACGGCCACGUGGGAUCCGAUCUGGCGGCUCUGUGCUCGGAAGCAGCCCUGCAACAGAUCCGUAAGAAGAUGGAUUUGAUCGACUUGGAAGAAGAUACCAUUGAUGCUGAAGUCAUGGACUCACUGGCUGUCAAUAUGGACGAUUUCAGGUAUGCGCUUGGCAAGAGCAGCCCCAGCGCUCUGCGUGAGACCGUGGUUGAGGUGCCCAACGUGUCGUGGGACGACAUCGGCGGCCUGGACAACGUCAAGAGAGAACUGCAGGAGUUGGUGCAGUACCCCGUGGAGCACCCGGACAAGUUCCUCAAGUUUGGCAUGACCCCAAGCCGCGGCGUGCUCUUCUAUGGACCUCCUGGAUGUGGUAAAACUCUGCUGGCCAAGGCUAUCGCCAAUGAAUGUCAGGCCAACUUCAUCUCCAUCAAAGGCCCCGAGCUGCUGACUAUGUGGUUUGGAGAGUCGGAAGCUAACGUCAGAGAUGUCUUUGACAAGGCCAGGCAAGCUGCACCCUGCGUGCUGUUCUUUGACGAGUUGGAUUCCAUUGCCAAGUCUCGCGGCGGUAACAUAGGCGAUGCUGGCGGCGCGUCAGAUCGUGUCAUCAAUCAGGUCCUGACUGAGAUGGACGGAAUGGGAGCGAAGAAGAACGUCUUCAUCAUUGGCGCGACCAACAGACCCGAUAUUGUGGACCCAGCUAUCUUGCGUCCAGGACGUCUAGAUCAGCUCAUCUACAUUCCACUGCCAGAUGAGCUCUCUCGCGUCUCCAUCCUGAAGGCCAACCUCCGCAAGUCGCCAGUAUCAGAUGACGUGGACACACAAUACCUAGCCAAGGUGACACACGGCUACAGCGGUGCUGAUCUGACAGAGAUUUGUCAGCGCGCCUGCAAGCUGGCCAUCCGCCAGAGCAUCGAGUCAGACAUCCGUCGACAGAGAGAACGCAUCGACAAUCCGGACUUAGACAUGGAAACUGACGAGGACGACCCGGUUCCCGAGAUCACAAGAGUACAUUUUGAAGAAGCCAUGAAGUUUGCUCGUCGCUCUGUCAGCGACAACGACAUUCGCAAAUACGAAAUGUUUGCGCAGACUCUUCAACAGAGCAGAGGCUUUGGAGGAAACUUCAGGUUUCCUGAAGCACAGGGACCCAGCGGUGGUCAAGCCCCCGCCGGCUCUGGAUCUGGCAACAACCCCAACCUGUACGCUGAUGAUAACGGGGACGAUGAUCUCUACAGCUAGUAGAUUCAACCUGGGAUACACUGCAUCCAUACCACAAUAAUACACAAACCACUCACUCUAGGGGCAUUUCCGAAACCAUGGCUUCUGAUUCCAGAUGGGAUUCAUGUAGCACCAGGGUCAUUUUCCAAAUCUUGGUCGAGCAUCAGCUUAGUUUCAUGUAGCACCAGCUUCGGCUUCAUGUAGCACAAAAGCCAUUUUCCAAAUCCCGGUUUGAGCAUCAGCUUCUGCUUCAUGUAGCACCAGUGCCAUUUUUCAAAUCUCGGUUUGAGCUUCAGCUGUGGCUUCAUGUAGUGCAAGUGCCAUUUUCCAAAUCUCAGUUUGUCCCCCAGCUUCGGGACCCAGGGUCAUUUUUCAGACUAUGACUCUGUUUCAACUCGUCCCACUUCAUUGGCUUUAAACAAAGCUGAAAGCAAAGGCGUGGUUUGGAAAAACUCUUACCAUUGUUUAAAACAGUUAAACUAAGACCUGUGACAUAAUUAUAACCUACUCCAUAUCUUUAUUCUAUGGUGUAAGUAAAGGCUUUAAAUUGACUCAGCCAAAAUUGUAUUAGAGUUAUUAGAAUGGAAAAGUAACUUGUGGAUUCGGAUAUUAUCAGAAUGACUGUAAAUCUGAACGUUGUACAGUUAAAAAUAAUUCUGGGAGGUUGUGAUGUUUCACUUUUGUUUUAAACUAACGACUGUAUUGCCUAGAAAAGAUGAAGAAAGUACAAAAUAUGUCAGAACGAAAGUUGGUAUUAAUCUUUUGCCUGCAAAGAAAUUUUAAAACAAUGAUUCGGAGUUGUAGAAGCGAUUCCAAGUAUUAAAAAAAAAAAAGAAUUAAAUAAACUCCACAUGUAGAAAUCGAUCGUAUUAAAGUAUCUGGAUUUAUAAGUCAACUUGUUUAUAUUAAUUGUUCAAGUAGAA